GAUUCUUACUUGUCACUUGUGAUGUUUGUUUGCAGAAUUUUUUGGUUUCCAGUUUGUUCUGUUCAACCUGUCGGUUCAUCUGUGGUUUGUUUUCUGCUGCCUUAACAAAUAGAUAAAUAACUUUACACAGUUAAUAACAGUAACAUUGUACAACAGAACUUACAGAAGUUCGAGUAGGCAGUUCAAAGCUCCCUUGGAUUCGGCAAAGCUAGUCAUUCAUCGCGAUUUUUCUUUUGCUUUUCUGAGUUUUCUCUGUUGGCUAUCUUAUUUUUCGAACCUGCUGUUUCAAUCGUUUCAUGCACAAGUUGUUCUAAAAUUAUUUUGGUGUUUGCCACAAAUCGAGACCAGUGAAAUGUCUGGAACUAAGCAUGAAGGAGUCAGCUGUGAUGCUUGCAUGAUUUCCAACUUCCGGGGACGACGGUACAAAUGCCUGGUGUGCUAUGAUUACGAUCUGUGCGGGAACUGUCGCGACAACAAGGCCACAUCGGGUCGUCACUUGGCCGAUCAUCCCAUGCAGUGCAUUCUCACUCGCAGCGAUUUUGACAUUUAUUACGGUGGUGAGAGUAUCAGCCACGAUCAGGGCCAGUCAUUCACUUGCCCUUAUUGUGGUGAGAUGGGAUUUGGUGAGGGUGAUCUGGCCAACCAUGUUGAUCUGCGGCAUCCGAAUACGAUUACCGACGUGAUUUGUCCGAUUUGUUCCACUAUGCAAGGCGGUGAUCCGAACCACGUCACCGAAGAUUUACUGGCGCAUCUGACAUCGGAACACCAGCCCAGUGCUGAAACGCAGCCAACUGGGCGCAGUCUGGGGAUGGGGCGCGGACGUUUCCGCCGCACUCCCACCGGUGCCACAAGCGUGCGGAAUCGCGAGCAGCGUCGUUUAGGCGGCGCCCUGGGCCAGACUAUCGCGGGCAGUCCAUCGGCGUCCUCCCCGUCGACGGGAUCGCGUUUCGGCACGGCGCCCGGCUCCGUGACGGAACCGUCGGCUGUACAGCAGUUGCUGCCGCCGGCUUCGGCGUUGGCUACAUCGGUGCGCGAGAAUGUGGACUCGAUUGCAGAGCUGCUGUCCCAGUUGACCAGCGUCCGGCGCGCAGCUCCGACCGGUUCCACUGGCUCAUCCACUUCUCUUGGAGCUUCUGGCACCUUUCAAUCCGUGGCCACCAAUCCGUCAUCCAUUACGGCCAAUAUGGCUAGCACCGCAUCAUCCCUCCAACAGCUGCAAAUGCAGUUGCAGAUGGAGCGACAGAAUAUUCUCUUUGGCCGUGUGGAAAAUAUGCGCAGCGCGGGUGGAGCGUCGACGCGUGCGGCUGUGGGCUCGUCAUCGGCGGAUACCAGUCGAAAUCCGCUGGAAAGCCGUUUAACCGCGGCCUACAUCAACACCUUGCCCUUCACUGCGGAUCCGCGGCUGUCCGCGCCGCCUCCGGGACAUGCGGUGGCGUCCGGUGCCAAAGUGGUGAAGAAGGAAAAGGAUGGGCAUUCUUUGUUGGACAAGUUGAUGGAGGAAAAAAGCACGGAAACGCACCAUGAUGAAUAUCAUCCGCGUUUGAAGGCGGAUCGCGCCCUGUUCAUUCAGGAAUUGCUCAUUGGGACGUUGGGGGAAUCGAUUCCGUUGGAUUUGACGGAUGAGGGCGGGGUGAAUAACAGUUUUCCGGUGUCAAUCGGGCGCGGAUUGGAGCGCGAGAAUUCAGCGGAUAGUUUGGCUAGUUCAAAUUUCUCCACCACGGCCACCAUGGGCAGUAGUCGGGGAGGUUCGGAGUUCUCGUUCCCGGUGCAGGAGACCGUCGGUCAUCCCAUCCCCGUAUCCACUACAUCGACAGGAAGGAUAGUUUUGCGCAAUCUGGCUUCCAACCAGAACGUGCUGUCUUCUCCGCGCUCUGCGGGAUUAGAUGCCCCUUAAUAUGUCAUGUAUAUGUUAUGACAACUUGUUUUCUUUGGUAAUUCGCGUGUGUAAAGGUGAUGUGGAUGGUAGGCUGAGUUUGUAAUUAUGAUUUAUUUACGCUUUUAUUACUGCAUGUGAAAUUGUGAAUAUUUACUGAAUAUGCUUAUGUUUGCCGAUUAAUUUGGGUGGCGUUAUUUUUACCGUUUUAUUCUUGAUAAUGAGCGAUUGCAAACCAAAUUAUGAUGACUGAUUUAACCAAUUCUGUUGCUGAUUGUGUGUGCUCCGCAAAAAGUGCCAUUGCUGUGAGAUUGGGUUUCGGCACUUUCGGGAUGAUUACCCGGGGCUAAGAAUAACGGACGGACUGAACGAACAAGAGAGUUUUUCGACUGA